UUAACAUUUUCACAAAUCAAACAAACAUAAAAGUAUGAAUAAUAAUAUGAACCCAUCUCUCUUCCAAAAUUACACUUGGAACAACAUCAUCAACAACAACAAGAGUGAUGAUCAUCAUCAUAACGAUCCAAUCGGUAUGGCCAUGGACCAACACACCCACCUCCACAUCUUCAAUUCAUUCACUUCAUCUUCUUCUCAUUCUCAUUUGCCUCCUCUCUCUUCUUCCCUUGCAACCACUACUCUUUUCUCCGGAGAUCAAGAAGAGGAAGAAGACGAAGAAGAGCCUUUAGAGGAACUAAGUGCUAUGAAAGAGAUGAUGUACAAGAUCGCAGCCAUGCAGCCCGUCGACAUCGAUCCAGCAACUGUCAAGAAACCCAAACGCCGUAACGUUAGAAUCUCCGACGACCCUCAGAGCGUGGCGGCGAGACACCGCCGUGAGAGAAUCAGUGAGAGGAUCAGAAUCCUCCAGAGACUUGUGCCAGGUGGUACCAAGAUGGAUACAGCUUCAAUGCUCGACGAAGCAAUACGCUACGUCAAGUUCUUGAAACGGCAGAUCCGGCUUCUCAAUAAUCCUCCUCCACCGCAAGAUCAAGCUUCUCAGGUGGUGAAGACAUCAUGGAUUUCGCCGCCACCACCGCCAGAUUUCGGCGAUGCAGGAAGAGAAUUGCUUUAAAUCAGGUUACAUUUCUAUUAAUAGUAACUAAAAUUAUGUUAUAAAGUUUGAGUAAUUGUGCAAUUAUGGAACGUGUUUAUAUGUGAAAAUGGAUACGAAGUAAGAGUUUGUUAGAUGUUAUAAAAUAUAUAUUAAUAUAUAUUGUUUUUUUUUUUGAACUUAUUAAUAUAUAUUGUUGUUGACCAAGAAAAGGUUGUGGAAUAAUCAUAACGGUUAGGUUGAGUUGUGUACCACCACCAUAUAUUUAUAUAUUUAUGUUAUCAUUUCGUGUAUAUAAUAAUAAGGUCUUGAUUUGUAGUUUGGUUGUAUGCAAGUUCUGGCCGGGCAUUUUUCGGGAAUAAAAACCAUGACGCCAUGAAAACUCUAUUUAAAUAGUGUUAUCAUUACUGUGGAUUUUGUCUUUGUAUACACACAAUGUAUAUAUUUGAAUUUCUGUAUAUAUGUUAUAUAUCGAAUAUGAACAAUAUGAGUGUACUUCAUUGUUGCAUCUCUCUCACAUA